AUGUCGCUAGGAACUUUGUUGUUGCAAGGGUAUUAUUUUGGGAGUGCCCGCAACAAGCACGCGAUCGUGCACGGGAGCAGCGCCGUGAUUAACGUGCACAUCAAGCUCGAUGUGCUGGUGGUUGAUAGCGGCAUCGAGAAGGAGAAACUGCAUGGCUUGAUUGAAGUGAUCCUGAAGGCGAUCGACGAGUCGGAGCCGCCGGACAUCACGCUGCAGUUAUCCGCUUUGGUUUUGUUCCAUCGCCGGUUCGAACACUUAAACUACGACGACGUCGCAUGCUUCUCCGCCAAACGCGCCAAAGGCAUUGAGCUCACCGAUCAUGUCCGUGAGAAGUGCAUCGCAUGCACAGAGGGUAAGUAG